AUGGCCGUCGAAAAGAUCUUGGCCGCUUCCAACCCCUUUGUGCGCUUGGAGCUCGAGCUGGAAGCCGUAGACGUGGCUGUCGUGCGAAGCCAUUAUAGACGACUGGCCUUGGCAGUGCAUCCGGACAAAUGCAAGGAGCCCAAAGCCAAAGAGGCGUUCCAAGCCCUCAGCGAGGCCUUUGAGCGGCUCUCUUCCGCUGUUGGACAGGCGCAGUGCUUGAGGGAGGCAGGGCUGCAGGCCAAAGCUGCCGCAGCUGCCGGCGCCAAGGCCAAAGUCAGCCGGUCACGCGGUUCUGGUCCGGAACCGGAUGGUGGCGCCCCGACGGCAGAGGAUCGGAAGGCCCGCUGGUGGGAUACGAAGACCUGGGAGGAGUUCGAGGAGCGGCUGCGGCACAGGGAGCGCGCCGAAGCAGCCCUGCGGCUCCGCUACUGCAGCGGCUUGCGGCUGCGGUUCUCCACGAAGAAGAUGCGGGAGCAGGUCCGUGCUGCCGAGCGGUCGGUGGAGCACCUGGACCGGAACUGCGGAUUGGCGGAGAGUUCCUUGUGGCCGCCGGAGUCCACACAGGCGGCGCGAGACUUGGAGGAGGAGGUGCAAAAAGCGCGGCAGACCGAGCCCUGGCCCGGCGCAGCCAACGAGCUGUUGGUGGACUACAACGAGCGUCUGGAGCUGAAUGACCCUCAGAUGGCCCUGCAGAGGCUCCUGGAGCUGCUCACGCACCUGCGCGCCGUGCACCGCUACUGCUUGUUCUGCGGAUGCACCUACGACUCGGCUGAGGACAUGGAGGAGAAUUGCCCCGGCAUCACCGAAGAGGAGCAUGAGGAAGCCAGCUCUGCUGGACUCAGAAGCUCACAGAAGAGCACAGCGAGCACCGCAGCCCCCGCAGCCCAGCCAGAGGACCCCCAAGAGGAGGAGGAUCCGCUCGAAGCUUACAUGGCCUCUGUGGAGGCCGAGGCAGAGCGACAGAAGGGAAAACGCAAGAGACCUCGCUGA